UUUCUUUCUCUCAUCUUCACUCGCCUCCUUUCUCUCGCUACCAGAACCAGAGAUCAAUAGCAGUGGAGUCCUCUUGAUAGCAUAUAUGCAAUCCUAAAACCAGGUUUGCUUUGACGCUUAUAUUUGGCGAGAAAAGAACCAGAAAAAUGGAUAAGGUCUGCGAAGAGCUAGAUGAAGAUAAAGCCGAGAUUGAGAACCUCAUGGCAGAUCUGAAAAGAAAAUUAGAACUUUCCAAAAAUUUGAAGAACAUGCAGAAUGAGCAGCUCAUUAAAAUCAAGGAAGUGAGUUUGAAAAUUGAGAAGCAGAAUGAUGAACUAAAUGAGAAGGCAGAAGAAAUAUCAGAAUUGAAGCAGAUAAAUAAUGAUCUUAAGUGCAGAUUGAACGAAAGGGAGUCUAUUACCAAACAUCUGAAUGCUGCAAAUGAUAACCUUAGAGCUGAAUAUGAAGAGAAAUACCGAAAAUGGAAAGAGGAAAAUAAAGGGCUGCUAUUGGCUUUAGAUGAGGCAAAUGAGAAGAACAUAGAUCUGGAGCAAAAGAUUCAUGUGUGUAUGACAGAGAUUGAAGGCCUGAAAAGGGUUCUAUCAGUUUCAGAGAAGAAGUGUCUCGAAGCAGAGAAAAAAGCAAAAGCAUCCGAAGAACUGAGAGCAAGAGAUGACGCGCUAGUCAAAUUAGAAGAAGAAAACCAGAAGCUUGAGGACCAACUAAAAUGGAAGAAGGAGCAGUUCCAGCAUUUGGAAGAUGCUCAUGAAAAGCUUCGGGAUCAGUUCAUGACAAGCAAGAAAGAGUGGGAGCGGGAAAGACGGAAAUUGGUUGAAGAGAUUAGUUCACUGCAGUCAAGCUUAGAUUCUCAGACCAGAAUCUCAGAAGACCUUCAAAGCCAGUUAAAGAUGUGCCACCAAGCCCUAGCUCAUGAAGAGAGUGGGAGAAAAUACCUGGAAAUUGAACUUUCUGAAUUUAAAACACGCUUUGAGAGUGUUUUAACCGAGUACCAGGAUGCUAAGUCACAACUGGAAUUCCUGACUGCCCAGAGAGACAAAGAAAUUGCUGCUCUAAGAUAUUCACUGGACACAAAAGAAACAUUUCACAAAGAAAUGGAAUACCGAGCAGGGAAGCUGGAGCAAGAAAAGCUAGAGCUGCUGGAAUCCCUUAGAGAACUUCAAGAAGCUGGUAUACAUGAAGUGGGGAAUUCUUCUUCUGUGGGUAAGCUGCGAAACAGGUUCAAAAACCUGGAACAGAUGCACGGAGGUUGUUCUGCAAAUCUUAGAGCUAAAGAAGCUGAAUGGAGGUCUCAGCUGGACAAAGCAUAUGCGGAGCUGAAUGACUGCAGGUCUGAGUUAGAAAGUAAAGAUGCAACAAUUAAAGAACUCAUUAAGGAUUUGGAAAGAUGUAAUUCUUCAAUAAUGCAGUUAAAGUUGCAAAAUGAAGAGAUUUUGGUAAUGUUACUGGUGUUCAAAUCAGGCAUUUCUGAGGCGCAAUUGAACUUCCAAACUGUUGAGACUGAAAUUAAAAUUCGAGACAGAGAGGAAGAGAAAAAUGCUUCCAUAUUGAUGAAGGAACUGGAAAUGAAGAACCUUUGUUUGUCUAAAGCCUUGGCAAAUAUAGAGGAAGAACGUGAGAAAGCAGCUGAUCUAUUGAAGAGAGUUGAGUGCUUGGAUCUCGUUGAAGAGCAGCAACUCCUAAUGCAGAAGGAGCUUGAGAGGUACAAGGACAUGCUUGAGGAAUCAUCAAAGUGUCAAUUUCUUCUAAAAGAACAAUAUGUACAGGCAGAAAUCGGCUUAAAAGAGAAACUACAAGGUGCUUGCGAGUCCUUGGACGUGGCAAAUUCAGAAUUGAUUGAAGAACGGGAGAAGGUGGCAGCUUUAUCAGAGAGGAUUGAGUCCUUAUUUAUCAUUGAGGAUGAGCGAGACUUGUUGCAUAAAGAGCUAGAGAAGUGCAGAGAAAAGCUUGAGGAAUCAUCCAGGUCUCAAGUUUUAUUAGAAGAGAAAAUUUUGCUGAUGGACAGUAACUUCAAAGAGAAACUUGGAGAAGUUACGGAGACAUUAGACACGGCAACCUCUCAAUUGGCUGAAGAGCGCAAAAAGACAGCAUGUUUGCUAACCAGGAUCAAGUCCUUAGAAGAGCAUGUCUUGCAGAUUGAAAGUGACUCAAAAAUGAAACUUAUUGAAGUUUCUGAUGCCUUGAACGUGGCAAAUUCUGAAUUGACUGAAGAAUAUGGAAAGACAUCUUCUUUAUUGAGGAGGGUUGAAUCCUUGGAGUUUAUUGAAGACCAGUUGUGCCUGAUGCAGAAAGAGCUUGAGAGUUACAGGGAAAUGCUUGAGGAGUCCUCCAGGUAUAAGCUUCAGCUAGAAGAACAGGUUUUGCAAAUAAAAAGUGACUCAAACAAGAAACUUGGAGAAGUUAAUGAUGCUUUAGACAGAGCAAACUGCGAACUGGAUGAGAGGCUUUGUGCAGCACAUGAAAUUGAAUUUGAACGAUGGAUAUGGAAGUCUAUUGCUCAACGUCUUAAAGAUGACCUUGAAGAUAAUCAGGAAUUAUGGAAGGAAUUGGAAGCCUCUCUUCUUGCUCAAAUAGUGGAUGGGGAGACCGCUAAGAAAGAGAAGGAGGGCCUUAUCCAUAUGUUAGAAGAUGACGACAUUGAAAUAGAAAAUCUCAAUCCGCAGAUUGUGUUAUUGGAGCAAAAGAUUGAAAUAGAAGGACUGGAAGAUAACGGUUCUACACCAGUGAUGAAAACAUUGUCUCUUGUGUCAGAGAAAGAGAACUUUCUUCAAAAAAUGAGAGAGAAGGACAAGAUCGUAGAGGCUUUCCAGAAAGAGAUAGGGUGGCUGGAGCAGGAGUCAUUAAGAAGAGAAUUCGAGGGCUUGGUGUUUGCGCAGAUAACAGCAGAGAGAAUUUUUGAGGAUGAGAUAGAAAAAUACAUCCUGCUUGUUGAAGGCAAACACAAGAAACUAGAUGAUCUGUUGCAGCUUGUAAAGUCAUUAGAACAAAAAUUCAAUAAAAGAUUGAUUUCUUUCUCUUCACAGCUUGCUGAGAAGCAGAUGGAGAUUGAUAUGGUACAUGAAGCAUGGGAAAAGAUUACUGCCACUAAAAUUUUGGCUCAACUAGAAAUUGAAGAGAAAAGGCUGAUGAUAAUUGUAGAGCUGAAAGAUGACAUCUGUCACAUACAACAGAAGCUUGUAUUGCAGGAAAAUUUGUUAUCUCAUUCAAAACAGCAAGCGUUGCAGAUUGAAGCAGAAGUUGAGGAAAAAGAAACAGAAAUAAUUAAUUUGGCAAAUCAUAUGGAGUCAAAGCUGAGAGCAUCAGAUGCCUUAAUCAAUGAGCUCAGGGAUGAAAAACAGAAGUUACAUGAAGUUGUUAUGGAGUUGUUGUCAGAAAGGGAAAACCUUUUGUGUUUUAUUGAGGGGCUAGGAGACAGAAUCAGUAAUCUAUCCAUUGAAGAUGUGAAACUGAUGGGAAUGUUGGGAAGGAUUUCAGAGUCUCUGGACAAAAAUGGUUCCGAUGUGAUCUCACAAGGUGAUUAUAGACCAUUUGACAUCUAUCACAUACAACAGAAGCUUGAAUUGCAGGAAAAUUUGUUAUCUCAUGCAAAGCAGCAAGCAUUGCAGAUUGAAGCUGAAGUUGCGGAAAAAGAAACAGAAAUAAAGAAUUUGGCAAAUCAAAUGGAGUCAAAGCUGAGAGCAUCAGAUGCCUUGAUCAAUGAGCUCAGGGAUGAAAAACAAAAGUUACAUGAAGAUGUUAUGGAGUUGUUGUCAGAAAGGGAAAACCUUUUUCUUUUUAUUGAGGGGCUAGGAGACAGAAUCAGUAAGCUAUCCAUUGAAGAUGUGAAACUAAUGGGAAUGUUGGGAAGGAUGUCAGAAUCUAUGAACAAAAAUGGUUCAGAUGUAGUCUCACAAGAUGAUUAUAGAUUAUUUGACAUCGUGAAAGAGGAUGCGACGUCUCACCCUUCAUCCCCACUGAAGAAAUUUGAGGUGAUUCCUGAGGGAAGAACACCAUUAAGAGAGCUGAAUUAUAACUGCAACAGGUGAAAAAAGUUACUUAUCCCAACUACUCUUUCAGAACUUUGCCAUGCAAUCUGGAGCAUGGAGUGUCUACU